AUGAUGCUGUCCGCGUUGCAAGUUGCUGCUACACUCACACUUUUGAAAGGCCUAGCAUUGGCUGCCGCGCCAUAUGAACAGCCUGAUUGUACGAAGGAGCCUCUUCGUUCAAAUGGAAUAUGUGACAUUGGGGCUUCGCCUGCCGAAAGAGCUGCAGCUUUGGUGGCGGCCUUGACUCCACGUGAGAAAGUCAACAACCUUGUCAGCAACGCGACUGGUGCGCCUAGGAUUGGUCUACCAAGGUACAACUGGUGGAACGAAGCCCUCCACGGUGUAGCUGGUGCUCCUGGCAAUGACUACAAUGAUGAGCCGCCCUAUGACAUAGCAACUUCGUUCCCUAUGCCUCUUCUCAUGGGGUCCACCUUUGACGAUGAUCUCAUCCACGACAUUGGCGAGGUUAUUGGCACAGAGGCACGGGCCUGGAACAACGGUGGUUGGGGAGGGGGUGUAGACUACUGGACGCCCAAUGUCAACCCCUUCAAAGAUCCACGAUGGGGCCGUGGUUCCGAAACACCAGGCGAAGAUGCUCUUCAUGUCAGUCGUUAUGCACGAGCCAUGGUUCGUGGCCUCGAAGGUGACAAGAAGCAGCGUCGUAUCGUGGCCACCUGCAAGCACUAUGCUGGUAAUGAUUUUGAGAAUUGGGGUGGUCAAACGCGCCACAACUUCAAUGCCAAAAUCACACCCCAAGACUUGGCAGAGUACUAUGUGCGUCCUUUCCAGGAGUGUACUCGCGAUUCAAAGGUUGGCAGCAUCAUGUGUGCAUAUAAUGCUGUGAACGGGAUCCCUGCGUGCGCAAACUCAUACCUUCAAGAAACUCUACUGAGGAAGCACUGGAACUGGACCCACACGAACAACUGGAUCACCAGCGAUUGUGGCGCUAUGCAAGAUAUCUGGCAGCAUCACAACUACACAAAGACUGGUGCUGAAGCGGCCAAGGUCGCCUUUGAGAAUGGCCAGGAUUCCAGCUGUGAGUAUACCACUACGAAGGAUAUAUCUGAUUCAUACGAGCAAGGUCUCUUGACGGAGGAGGUUAUGGAUCGGGCUCUCAAACGCCUUUUCGAGGGACUUGUUCACACUGGUUUCUUCGAUGGCGACAAAUCAGAAUGGGCUUCACUCAACUUUGACGAUGUGAACACCAAGCACGCUCAGAAUCUUGCUCUUCAGUCUGCCGUACGUGGCGCGGUUCUCCUGAAGAAUGACGGCACCCUACCCCUCAAGAUCAAGAAGAAGGAGAGUAUAGCUUUGAUCGGUUUCUGGUCCGAUGAUGAAACAAAGUUGCAAGGAGGAUAUUCCGGCCCGGCUAAUGUGCGUACGCCAGCUUAUGCUGCCAAGAAGCUGGGGUUGAACGCCAAUGUCGCUUGGGGCCCGACUUUACAGAAUAGCUCAGUUCCUGAUAACUGGACUACCAAUGCUCUGGAAGCUGCUAAGAAGUCUGACUACAUUGUGUACUUGGGUGGUCUUGAUGUGUCAGCCGCUGGCGAGGAGCUGGAUCGCACAGAUCUUGACUGGCCUAAUACUCAGUUGACUCUACUCAAAAAACUGUCAAAGCUUGGCAAGCCGUUAGUUGUGGUUCAGCUUGGCGAUCAAGUUGACGAUACACCUUUGCUCAAGGAUAAAGGUGUGAACAGUAUUCUGUGGGUCAAUUAUCCCGGUCAAGAAGGCGGCCCUGCUGUCAUAGACCUUAUCACAGGUCGUAAAAGCCCAGCUGGACGUCUCCCACUGACCCAAUACCCGAGCAAGUAUGUAGAACAAGUCGGUAUGUUAGAGAUGGAGUUGAGACCUACAAAGUCAAGUCCUGGCAGAACAUACCGUUGGUACCCUGAUGCAGUGUUGCCAUUCGGUUUCGGAAAGCAUUACACCACAUUCAAAGCCAACUUCAAAUCCCACAAGAUCGAGAUGAACAUACAGAAGCUCCUCAAGGAUUGCGACAAAACUUAUGCAGAUACCUGCCCCUUGCCUCCGAUCCACUUAAGUGUGAAGAACACGGGUCGUACCAUUUCGGACUUUGUGUCUCUGGUCUUUAUCCAGAGCAAGGUUGGACCCAAGCCUUACCCACGAAAGACACUUGCAGCGUAUUCGCGCUCUCAUGAUAUCAAGCCGCGUGCGACAAAGGACGUCAAACUUCAGUGGACAAUGGACAAUAUUGCUCGGAGGGAGAAGAAUGGUGAUCUAGUUGUGUACCCUGGGACGUAUACAUUGUUGCUCGAUGAGCCAACACAAGCCAAGAUCAAGGUGAAGUUGACGGGAGAAAAGACCGUAUUGGACAAAUGGCCAGAGUAUCACGGGUCGGACUAA